AUGUCGCAAACCAAUGGUGGCAGAAUCGUGCCCAUACUUGCGGGCCACGAUCCGCUUCAUCCCAAGUCGUUAGAACAGCCUACCAUGCCAGCUUCAAUCCCUCACAUCCAAAAUCCUCAUGAGACCUCGCCUUCUCCUCCGAUCCCUCCAACUGCCCCGUCCAUGAUCGAACCUUUACCCGACAAAAGACAAGACCCCACGAGUACGGGCCACCCAAGCUUGGAGAUGCCUGCCCUCAAAGAACGAGGGCUAUUCGCUCUACCGACUGAUGGUGACGGGAAUUGUCUUUAUUAUUCCUUUUCAGAUCAGCUGUAUGCAAACACACAUCACGCAAACGAAAUUCGUCAGCGACUCGCCGAUCACAUGGCGGCCAAUAGAGACUAUUUCAUGCAAUUCGUCUCGGAUGGGGGAGAGCGUCGUCGACCAAAACGCGCAGCUGCGUCCACAUAUGCGACGCGUUCAGCCGACGUAUCUACCCCGUCUGAUCAGGAUAAAGAAUCCAGAUUCCAAGAGAUGAUUGCUACAACUCGCAAAAAUGCAGAGUGGGGUAGCUCAGAGCAUAUCCAGGCUUUCUGCCAAGCCUACGGACUUGACGUGACCGUAUACACCAUGGAUGGAGUGCAUCCAUUUCAAGAUGUGAAUGCACCUCCUGACGAGUCCCGCAAUGUGAUACAUAUCGCCUUCCACGAAUUUAAACAUUACUCCUCUGUGCGGAGCAUUGGGGGCACGCACAAGGGCCUGUUAUCGGAUGUGCAGUAUGCGAACACUGCCCCGGCUGGAUCCGAGUCUGAGUUCAAGACCGCAUCUAAGCUUGACGACACUGGUGAAAGCCUUUGUUCCGGGGACAAGUCCGAUCUCGCCCACUCGCCGAGCAAUGCCAACCUCGCCGUGGACGUCUAUGCACCAUGGGACAUUAGGUCAAUUGAAGAGAGUCUUGGCGGCCGGUACGACCGAGAAACCAUUAUUGAUAUGCUGCAGAGGUGUCGUGGGGACAUUGAUCGAGCGUUUGCUGCACUGCUCGAUGAGAAGUCAGAUGACCAGGUUGAAAAGAAAAUCCCACCUGUCAUCCCAGUCAAGCCAAGUCUUCAAGCCUCCCGCGAAACUUCCCCUUUCAGCACUGGCAGCAAGCGGUCAGCAGAUGAUAGUGACGACUCAGAAGCCCCACAGCCUGCACGGCGGGUCCGUCCCAAGCGACGCUUUCUAUCAAGCCUGACCUUGGGUGUUGGUAUCUCAUUUCGCGACAACGAAGAUGAAGUUGUCUCCCUCAAUCUUCGAAUGCCGUCAGAAAACGAAAAGGGUCAGGCCACAGACCCUUCUUCCACCCGUAGCACGACCCCGGAACAAUCGGAUGUGGAAGGAAAGAAGUGUCGACGCAGCGACCGAAUAUCCCGAUCUCGCAACACAUGA